CAGAAUGUUUGAAAUCAGCUGACGGACGAUGCCGUACACCAGCGUCAUGGCCGUCGCUCUCCACCUGGCAAACUUGCUGCUGAUCAUAUCGGCGGCGGCCGAGCACAUCAGAGACUUGGAAGUCUCCGAAGGAGUACCAGUAGGCACCAAAAUAGGAUUCAUAGGCGAUGGUACCUCACCUGACAGCGGCCCGCCAUAUUUGAUAGUACCAGUAGGUGCCGCAGUGGAUUCAGAUUUAUCUAUAGACCAGACCACAGGAGAAAUUAAAACAAAAGUAGCAUUGGAUAGAGAAACAAGAGCAAGUUACUCACUUGUUGCCAUUCCAAUGAGUGGAGAUAAUGUAAAGGUUGUUGUAAAGGUUUUGGAUGAAAAUGAUAAUGCCCCUACAUUUCCUAGUAGUUUGGUCAAUAUAGAGUUUCCAGAAAAUACUCCUAGGGAUGUUAAAAGAACCUUGCCUCCAGCCAGAGAUUUGGAUUUAGACAUUUUCAACACACAACGUUAUAAUAUUUUAUCAGGCAACAUAAAUAACACUUUUAGGUUGUCUUCACAUCGAGAACGCGAUGGCGUAUUGUAUUUGGAUUUACAAAUAAACGGCUAUUUGGAUAGAGAAACUUGCGAAUUUUACAGUUUAGUAAUAGAGGCUUUAGACGGAGGCACUCCUCCUUUAAAAGGAGAAAUGACUGUAAACAUAACAAUACAAGAUGUAAACGACAACCCUCCAAUAUUCAAUCAAUCGAGAUAUUUUGCUUCAAUACAAGAAAACUCAACUUUAGGCACAAGCGUCUUACAAGUCUUGGCUACAGAUGACGACGCUGGCGACAAUUCUCAAAUAGAAUACUCAAUAAACCGAAGACAAAGCGACAAAGAUGUUCUAUUCCGUAUCGACGCUUCAACAGGUAUAAUCCUUGUAAACAAGCCUUUAGACUUUGAAACCAAAGAAAUGCACGAACUUGUAGUUGUAGCCAAAGACCAUGGACUACAACCCCUAGAAGCAACCACCUUUGUUUCAAUAAAAGUGAUAGACGUUAAUGACAAUCAACCAACAAUAAAUGUGAUAUUUUUGAGCGAAGAUGCUACUCCUAAAAUCAGUGAAAGUGCGCAACCCGGUGAAUUCGUGGCUAGGAUUAGUGUAAACGACCCUGAUUCAAAAACAGAAUACUCUAAUGUAAACGUUACAUUAAACGGAGGCCAAGGACAUUUCGGCCUCACAACAAGAGACAAUAUAAUAUAUUUAGUUAUAGUCUCAUUGCCUUUGGACAGAGAACUACAACCCAACUACACUUUAAAUGUUAUUGCUACCGACACUGGCACCCCACCUUUGCACGCAUCCAGAACCAUCAACCUACUAAUAACAGAUGUCAACGACAAUACACCAGAAUUUGACCAACAAAUCUAUGAAGCAAAUGUAAUGGAAGUAAGCGAUCCUGGAACAUCAGUACUACAAGUCUUUGCUCAAGACAAAGACGAAGGCAACAAUAGUUUGAUAACGUAUUCAUUGGCGGAACCUGGAAAUACAAACUGGUUCCAAAUUGACAGUCGGAGCGGUUUGAUAACGACGCGCGCGCACGUGGAUUGCGAAACGGAACCGUUGCCGCGUCUUACAGUGGUGGCGACCGACAACGGGUUCCCGCCACUGUCGUCGACCGCAACAGUGCUAGUGACUAUUCACGAUGUUAAUGAUAAUGAGCCGAUUUUCGAUCAGAGUUUUUAUAAUGUCAGCGUGGCGGAAAAUGAAGCUGAAGGAAGGUGUAUUUUAAAGGCCAAAACUGAUCAUGAUGAAGAUGAUCUCCAUUCAUUUGAAGAGUAUUUGAGGAACCAGAAAAGAAAUCAUUCCAGAUUUCAACAGAUAUCCAAAAAUAAAAGAAAUUUGUACGAAUGGGAAAUAGAAACCACGAUAGCCUAUACAUAA